AUGGCGGCGGCGGCGCCGGCGGGCGCCGAGGGGCGGCGCGCGGGCCUGGAGGCGGCGGCGGCGGCCGAGCGCGGCGGCAGCUGCGUGCUGUGCUGCGGGGAGCUGGAGGCCACGGCGCUGGGCCGCUGCGACCACCCGGUGUGCUUCCGCUGCUCCACCAAGAUGCGCGUGCUGUGCGCGCAGCGCUACUGCGCCGUGUGCCGCGAGGAGCUGCGCCAGGUGGUCUUCGGCAGGAAGCUCCCGGCCUUCGCCACCAUCCCCCUCCAGCAGCUGCAGCACGAGAAGAAGUACGACAUCUACUUCGCCGACGGGAAGGUGUUUGCCUUGUACAGGCAGCUGCUGCUGCACGAGUGUCCCCGCUGCCCGGAGCUGCCGCCCUUCGGCCUCUUCGCGGACCUGGAGCAGCACAUGCGCCGGCAGCACGAGCUGUUCUGCUGCAAGCUGUGCCUCAAGCACCUCCAGAUCUUCACCCACGAGCGCAAGUGGUACUCGCGCAAGGACCUGGCGCGCCACCGCAUGCAGGGCGACCCCGACGACACGUCGCACCGCGGGCACCCGCUCUGCAAGUUCUGCGACGAGCGCUACCUGGACAACGACGAGCUGCUCAAGCACCUGCGCCGCGACCACUACUUCUGCCACUUCUGCGACGCGGACGGCGCGCAGGACUACUACAGCGACUACGCCUACCUGCGCGAGCACUUCCGCGAGCGCCACUUCCUGUGCGAGGAGGGCCGCUGCGGCGCCGAGCAGUUCACGCACGCCUUCCGCACGGAGAUCGACCUCAAGGCGCACCGCACCGCCUGCCACAGCCGCAGCCGCGCCGAGGCGCGCCAGAACCGCCACAUCGACCUGCAGUUCAGCUUCGCGCCGCGCCACUCGCGCCGCGGCGACGGGGUGGUCAGUGGCGAGGACUACGAGGAGGUGGACAGGUACAACCGCCAGGGCCGAGCAGGCCGGGCCGGCGGGCGUGGAGCCCAGCAGAGCCGCCGAGGAAGCUGGAGGUACAAGAGGGAGGAAGAAGACCGGGAGGUGGCGGCUGCCGUCCGGGCCUCGGUGGCAGCGCAGCAGCAGCAGCAGCAGCAGCAGCAGCAGGAACCUCGCAGGACUGAGGACCGGGAGGAGGGGGGCAGGCCCAGGAAGGAGGACGCAGGGGGGCGGGGGCCCGAGGAGCCUCGUGGCCCCCGGCGCCCAGCCCGGACGCCCGGCGAAGGCUCAGGCCCCAAGGAGGCCUUGGCCAACGGCCCUGCGAGCCAGGAGGCCUUUCCGGUGAGCGGCUCGGCCGCAGGACCCGUGCUGCCAAGCCUCCUGCCUCCUCCUGCCAAACUGAAGGACGAGGACUUCCCCAGUCUCUGCGCCGCCGCCGCCACCUGCCCCCCCGCAGCAGCCCCGGGGCCCGUGGGGCUGGCGCUGGCCUACCCUGUCCCCGCCAGGGGCAGGGGCACCUUCCAGGAGGAGGACUUCCCCGCUCUGGUGCCUUCAGCCUCCAAGCCCAGCCCUGCGCCCGCCAGCCUCACCUCCCCGUGGAACAGCGGCGGCAAGAAGGUGGCCCCGCCCGUCCCAGGGGCCCAGGCUGCCGGCGGGGCUGGCCCGGCUGCCAGGAAGGCCGGGAAGACUGGUAAAGGGGGCAAGAAGGGCGGGCCGCCCCCCGCGGAGGAGGAGGAGCCUCGGGGCGGGCCUGCUGUGGGCGCUGCCACCUUGCUGGCCUCCACCCAGCCCUUCACCAGGGCAGGCAAGAAGAAGAAGGUGGGCUCUGAGAAGCCCAGCGCCGUGUCGCCCCCACCGCUGGCCCCCGACAGAGACGGGCCCGAGCGGGCCCCCGCGGCUCCUGCCAGUAGAGCGGACGGGCCCCUCGCUGCCGUUGUCAAUGGACACUCCGAGGGGCCGGCCCUGGCCCGGAGUGCCCCCAAGGAACCCCCUGGGCUCCCACGCCCCUCAGGGCCCUUCCCCUGCCCUCCGCCCCAGGAAGACUUUCCUGCGCUCGGCGGCCCCCGCCCGCCCAGGAUGCCGCCCCCGCCUGGCUUCAACACUGUGGUGCUCCUGAAGGGCACGCCACCCCCUCCCCCGCCGGGGCUGGUGCCCCCCGUCAGCAAGCCGCCCCCCGGCUUCUCCAGCCUCCUGCCUGGUCCCCACCCGGCCUGUGUCCCUGGCACGGCAACCACCACGAAGGCGCCCAGGCUGACGGCUGAGCCCCGGGCCUACCUGGUUCCCGAGAACUUCCGGGAGCGGAACCUGCGGUUGAUCCAGUCCAUCAAGGACUUCCUGCAGAGCGACGAGGCCCGCUUCAGCGAGUUCAAGAGCCACUCGGGGGAGUUCAGACAGGGCGUGAUUUCCGCGGCCCAGUAUUACAAGAGCUGCCGGGACCUGCUUGGGGAGAACUUCCAGAAGAUCUUCAACGAGCUGCUGGUGCUCCUCCCCGACACAGCCAAGCAGCAGGAGCUGCUCUCUGCACACACGGACUUCUGUGGCCGCGAGAGGCCCCCCGGCGGCAAGGCCCGGAGGAGCCGGCAGAACGCGUGGCAGGCCAGCGCCCGGCCAGCCGGCCUGGACUGCUGCGUGUGCCCCACCUGCCAGCAGGUGCUCGCACAGGGGGAUGUCAGCAGCCACCAGGCGCUGCACGCCGCGCGGGACGACGACUUCCCCUCCCUGCAGGCCGUCGCCAGGGUCAUCACGUAGCUCCCGCGCGUGGGCAGAGCGCCCCGCCCGAGAGCCUCCUUUCUCCCUCCUCCUGGGCUGCCCCGCAGCCAGGGGACGGCCUGAGGGGGCCGCCUGCGCAGUGGUCGCUGGGAAGGCCUGCCCGCCCGUCCGCGCGUGCGGUGCGGGAGUCCAUCCGUGUCCCCGGGGAGCGGGCAGAGACCCCGCCUCCGUGCCGGCCCCCUCCGGUGUAGUCUCUCUCCUGGAGGUGCCGGGGAGGGGAGGGCUGGACGCCGGGACCUGUCCGUGCCUCAAAGCCAGGACCUGCGGCGGCCUGGGCCGGGCCCUCCUGAGCCCGAGGGCCACAGCACUGCAGCCCCCGACUGGACGCUGUCCGUCCAUUGGUGCUGGAAUCAGAUGUUGAGUGUGUCGUGUAAACAGUUGGCUGUUUCGUGAUUCGAGAAUGUUAAGGAUUAAAAGCAGACACGAAAUUGUGCUACUUGAAGUUGAAUCUAUUUACAAGACAAGCUGAAUCUGGGAUCUCAAAUUGCCUCUGAUCUUUUAUAAGACAGUUUAUCUUCAAAUAAAUUUAUUUUGCCAUAAUGC